AUGGGGCGCCGCGACCCGCUUCCAGCCCCGGCCCGACCGACCCAGCCCUCAGAGCUAAUCCUUCUCACGAAGAUAUGGAUCCGGGUUGCCGAAUUCCCUUACCUAAAUUGUUCUAUCGACCAGAGGCUGUUCACCUUGGAGACCGGCUGCAGCUUUGGGUACUACCCGAGGCGACGGUCCACGCACUCCCCCGCAUUUUCAAGGGUCGGCUGGAGCUCGCAAGACGCCGCUGGAGACGCGGCGCUCUGCGGGGCCGCAGCCCCUAGCUCCGGACAAGCCAAUUUCAGGGAUCCCGCCCCUUACCAAGAAAAGAAAACUCUUCCCGGGGCCAAGGCCGGCGUCUGCGGGCUCGCUUCGCAGUUCGGACCGCCGUGGAGGACGAAGGGCUCCCCAUGCGGGUUCAGAAAUAUUGACCCGAUUCCCUUUCGCACGGGGGGCGAGGCCCCGGCCCUGCGAGGAGGAGGGCGCCCGUCUCCGCUCGGGGAGGAUUUUCCCUGA